AUGCCAGGUGGGUACAUCCCUCUCUCUCUCUUCAACUUGCUUCUCUCUCUCUUCAACUUGCUUCUCUCUCUCCUCUCUCUCUCUCUCUCUCCUCUCUCUCUCACCCUUCUCCCUCUCUCUCUCCCUCUCUCUCCCUCAACUUGCUUCUCUCUCUCUUCAUCUUCCUUCUUCUCCCUCUCUUGCUCUCUCUCUCUCAUCUUCCUUCUUCUCCCUCUUUUGCUCUCUCAUCUUCCUUCUUCUCCCUCUUUUGCUCUCUCUCUUCAUCUUCCUUCUUCUCCCUCUCUCUUCAUCUUCCUUCUUCUCCCUCUCUCUUCAUCUUCCUUCUUCUCCCUCUCUCUUCAUCUUCCUUCUUCUCCCCCUCUCUUCAUCUUCCUUCUUCUCCCCCCUCUUCAUCUUCCUUCUUCUCCCCUCUCUUCAUCUUCCUUCUUCUCCCCUCUCUUCAUCUUCCUUCUUCUCCCCCCUCUCUUCAUCUUCCUUCUUUCCCCCCUCUCUUCAUCUUCCCUUCUCCCCCCCUCUUCAUCUUCUUUUUCUCCCCCCUCUUCAUCUUCCUUCUUCUCCCUCUCUCUUCAUCUUCCUUCUUCUCCCCCCUCUUCAUCUUCCUUCUCUUCAUCUUCCUUCUUCUCCCCCUCUCUUCAUCUUCCUUCUUCUCCCCCUCUCUUCAUCUUCUUCUUCUCUCUUCUCUUCCUUCUUCUCCCCUCUCUUCUUCCUUCUUCUCUCUUCAUCUUCCUUCUUCUCCCCUCUCUUCAUCUUCCUUCUUCUCCCCCUCUUCUUCUUCUUCUCCCCUCUUCAUCUUCUUCAUCUUCCUUCUUCUCCCUCUCUUCUUCCUUCUUCUCCCCCUCUUCAUCUUCUUCUUCUCCCCUCUCUUCAUCUUCCUUCUUCUCCCCCUCUUCAUCUUCCUUCUUCUCCCCCUCUUCAUCUUCCUUCUUUCCCCUCUCUUCAUCUUCCUUCUUCUCCCCCUCUCUUCAUCUUCCUUCUUCUCCCCCUCUCUUCAUCUUCCUUCUUCUCCCCCUCUCUUCAUCUUCCUUCUUCCCCCCUCUUCAUCUUCCUUCUUCCCCCCUCUCUUCAUCUUCCUUCUUCUCCCCUCUCUUCAUCUUCCUUCUUCUCCCCCUCUCUUCAUCUUCCUUCUUCUCCCCCUCUCUUCAUCUUCCUUCUUCUCCCCCUCUCUUCAUCUUCCUUCUCCCUCUCUUGUUGGAAAGUGUGUUAAGGGCUUCUAAGCUUCGGCCACCAGAGAUCACACAUGGAAUUGAGUUUGGCCACACUCCCAAACCUAUGGCCUUAGACAUACCCAUGCCUACUGAUGAGAAUGAAUUAAAUGAAAAAUUUGAAAAACUAGUGGAAGAAUUGGAUUUGGACAAAAUUUACAGAGAAGCCCUUAAAAAAUGGGAUGAAGAUAAUCCCAGCACAUCUACAUGGCCAGACUAUUAUAUUGAAAGCAUUAAAAACUUGUCUAAUGUAUACAUCCCUUAUGAUGAACAGGAAGCACUGCGGAACAAAUUGGUUGAAAACCUGAAGACAGCCCUGAGAACUCAACCGAUGAGUUUUGUUGUUCGGUUUAUUGAACUGAACGAUUUCUUUUUCCUUUUUUUCCUUUUUUUCUUUUUCCAGAUUUUUCUCAUUCCCUCUUGCAUGAGUCCCAACUUUUUCUUUUGUUUCUUAUUCAAUAUCUAA